GCUAAGGUGUAUGUAAACUUCCGACUUCCACUGUAUCUUUGUGUGUAACCCUCCAGGAUGAAGCUAAUAAGAACGGUGGGAAGUGGAUCAUCAGGCUGCGGAAAGGUCUGGCCAGCAGGUUCUGGGAGAACAUUAUUCUGGCCAUGUUGGGAGAACAGUUCAUGGUGGGAGAGGAGAUCUGUGGAGUGGUGGUCUCUAUACGCUUCCAGGAAGACAUCCUGUCUAUAUGGAAUAAGACGGCCAGCGAUCAGGUGACGACGUCUCGAAUCCGAGACACUCUUCGACGCGUCCUGAACCUCCCUCCCAACACCAUCAUGGAGUACAAGACACACAACGACAGCCUCAAGGAUAAUUCCAGCUUCCGCAACACAAAGAUCACCCUGUGAAGAGAGACAAACCACCUGGCCAUUUCUCCUGAAGUUAUACUGUUUCCUCAUGGACGAUAACAUGACUCUCUGUCACACUCUUUCUGUCUCCUCUCUCUCGGCAUCUCUCUGUCUCUCGGCAUCUCUCUUUCUCUCGGCAUCUCGUUCUCUCGGCAUCUCUCUCUUCCCCCCCACCCCCCGGACUCUUUCUCUCUCUCCAGGGUUUACAAUACUUGAAUUGGCUUCUGAAAUGGAACACCUUGAAAAUCUGACAUUUUCUCAAGUUGGUACUUGAAUUAAAAUGAAAGGAGAACAGAAAAUGAUCAAAUAUGUUUAUGAAAAAUGUGUUGGUCUUGUAUUCUACCCAGUUUUAUUUCCUCACGUUCUGGUUGCCAGGUGAGAUCGCUCAUUCCACCCACUCAGCCAGGCAGGUCCAAAACUGACUGAUUAGGUGCUGCCAAACGUCACAUCGAUAGCUAAAAGGCCGGGCAUGUAGAUUUAAGCCUACCAGUUGUGAGUAUGGAACAUUUCUGGGAUCUUUUAUUUCAGCUCAUGAAACAUUCACAUGGGUGAAUUGACCCUGAAGAGCUACAUGAAGCGGGAAAGACAACUCUGCAUCCCGCGCCGGUGCUAGUUCUACAUUGGGACGUUUUCUCUGCAAUGAGAAAACUUGCGAUAUUCAAUUUGAUCAAGCGGUAGCCAGGCUCCUGGCGUUCUGUUGGCUGCUCACAGCCCACCCAGCGACUCUAAACCUGCCAGUCGGAAGCGUGAUGCUUUUCCGUAGAAUUCGCGAAGAUUCCCAAAUGUGCAAUAAAAAUACAAUAGUCAUUAAUACUCAAAUGACAUCAUCAGUACUGACUUACGAUUCAUGUAUAUAAUAAAGCAACGUAUUAACUUGUAAGGUAGUGAUGAAUAAUAUACAGUAAUAUACCGUUUUUUCCCAUCAAGGUUGUGGCGAUAUACUGUCAUCUGGUGGCAACUAGAAACAAUCACAUUUUAUUGGUCACAUACACAUGGUUAAUAUUACAAAUUGAUGGUCCUUGAAAAUAAAUAUUAGUGCUUGAAAAAGUACUUAAGUCCUUGAAUUUGACUUGCCACUGUCUGUAUGAACCCUGUUUCUCUUGCCUCGCUGCAUUUCUCUCAUUCUUGCUGCCUCUUGCAUUUCUGAGAGUGUUUCACUGCGGAGAUGGAGUAGUGCAUUGCUAUGGAAACUAGUGUGAUACUAUGGAGACGAGAGUCCUCUUUUUGCAAUUUGUCGAUGAGUUGCACAACAGGCCAGUGGGACCAACUCUGUGUGUGAUGGUGUUAAUGUUCCCAUGACUACAGAAAUAAAUGUGUUUUUAGUAUCC